AGAACUAACUCACAACAAAAAAAUUCCCGCGAACGCUUUUAGCAGCACUCGAGUUCAGUCAGUACAGUUAAAAUAAUAUUUUUGUCAUAGGGUUUCUUUGUAUGCCUAUUGUUUGACACGAGGAAUUAUAAAUAUCCUUUGCGAUCAUGGACGAGUACGACGAGAUGUACGGGAUUGAGGAUGACUACGACCAACAGUUUGCUGAUGAGUUGGAAGUUUUAGCCGAAAUGAAUAAUGUGCAACCUACGAAGAAUCCCCCACCACCUUCCGAGGAAAGAACUGAGCCCCUGCAACUUGAUCCUCCCAUUACCCCAAAAGCAAAGCGCCAAAAGCAGGAUGCCAGUGUUGUCAAGCGGCUGUUCGACUCGCAGCAGACGGAUGAGGUCACAGCCCCAACGACGCGUACUGAUGACAUCACCCCUCCAUCCUCCCCAGAGCAAUAUGAAUCCACUCAUAGGCCCACCCGUGCCGUGUUGGACGUCAGCGGGUUCGCUCCGUUCUCUCAGACGCCCCAGAGAACUGCCGCGGCUGCGGUAACGGCGUCGCAGUGUGUGCUGAAACGCCCCCCUCUGGACGGAGAGUACAUCACCGUGACGGACUCCUCGGGUAACCGGGUCUACCUGAGGCAGAAGGAGAACACAGGGAGGAAGCUGGCGGAUCCCAGGAGAGCGCUGCACUUGGACGGUUCUUUGGGCCUGCUCUCAGAACCCUUUGCCGUGCUGAGGGUGCAGGUGGCAGAGAGGCAACAUCAACAGGCUGUGGAGGAAUCUCUACGCCUGUCGGAGAUGCUGGCUCGCGGUGUGACGGAGCAGUUUGGCGAGUUUGGUGGCCCCGAGGUAGAGGAGGAGGAAGAGGAAGAUAACGAGGAUGAGGAUGGGCGACGUUCUCGACUCUGGGUGGACAGGUUCUCUCCCCACCACUACACAGAGCUGCUCAGUGAUGACUUUACCAACCGCUGUCUGCUGAAGUGGUUGAAGCUCUGGGACACGGUUGUGUUUGGGAGGGAGAGGAAGGUGCGGCCUCCUCAGGUUGACAGGCAGGCCCCGGCCCAGGCCCAGGCCAAGAACCCGUACCAGAACAAGUUCAAACCCAAUCCAGCUGCUGAGAACACCAACUUCAAAACCUUCAAAACCAAGAGUCAGAUAACUGAAGAGAUUCUGGAGGCGGAGCUGGACAAUCAUAAACGGCCCAAGUUCAAGGUGGCAAUGUUGUCCGGCCCUCCAGGCUUAGGGAAGACCACCCUGGCUCACGUCAUCGCAAAGCAUGCUGGGUAUAACGUGGUAGAAAUCAAUGCCAGCGACGACCGCAGCGCCGAGGUGUUCCAGAGACGCGUCGACACGGCAACGCAGAUGAAGUCGGUGCUGGGGACCAAUCAGAGGCCGAACUGCCUCAUCAUCGACGAGAUUGACGGGGCGCCCACGGCCGCCAUCAACAUCCUGUUGGCCACACUGAACAGAAAAGACGGACACGGGGGAGAGGAAGGCGGAGAAACUACAAAGAAGAAGAAGAAAAAGGAGGGCGUCCUCCUUCGACCAAUCAUCUGCAUCUGUAACGACCUCUAUGUUCCAGCUCUCAGGCCUUUGAGGCUGCAAGCCUUCCUAUUGGCUUUCCCCCAGACACAGCCCACCCGCCUGACACAGAGACUAUCAGAGAUCUCCCGGGUGCAGGGGAUGAAGGCGGACACGGGGACCUUGAUGGCACUGUGUGAGAAGACGGACAACGACAUCCGCUCCUGUAUCAACACCCUGCAGUUCCUCCACGGUCGAGGUCAGAGGAUGGUGGACACCCGGACGGUGCAGAGCGUGGCUGUGGGGCAGAAGGACCAGAACAAGGGCCUGUUCCAUCUCUGGCAGGAGACCUUCCAGCUGCCUCGGGUGAAGAGGAAGCGUGUCGGACCCGGGUUCGACGAGGGUCCGGGCGAAGGAGGCGGAGCUCAGAGAUUCCAACACAUCCUCUUCCUAGCCCAGUCCAGCGGGGAGUACGACAAGGUCUCUCAGGGACUGUACGACAACUAUCUGUCCAUGCGCGUGCGCGACCCCAACAUGCACCUGGUGUGCGAGGGGCUCCAGUGGCUGUCCUUCUCCGACCAGCUCAACCAAACCAUCAUGCACGGCCAGAACUUCUCCCUCAUGAGAUACCUCCCCUUCCUGUCCGUCACCUUCCACUUCCUGUUCGCCCACGCCCACGUCCCCCGCCUCAGCUACCCCCACAGUCAGCACGAUGCCUCCACGCGUCUCCAGACCAACAGGAACGCUCUGUCCACCAUGAUGGCCGACAUCCCCCCGGCUGUCCGCAGCAGGAUCAGUGAGCUGAGCCUCAGUGCCGACAUCCUCACCCUCCUGCUGGACAUCCUCUGCCCCAAGCUACGCCCUGUCAACCCUCAGCUGUUCAGCACCAGAGAGAAGGAGCAGAUGCGGGAGCUGAUCGACACCAUGCUGGCCUACAACCUCUCCUACCGGCAGGACCGCACCCCGGAGGGACAGUACACCUACAUCCUGGAGCCACGUGUGGAUGAGGCAGUGAAGUUCCCAGGUCUGCCUCCCAGGCGCCAGCUCACAUACCAGGCCAAACAAACGAUCAGCAGAGAGAUGGAGCAGGAGAAAAUGAGGAGAGCCGAGCAUCUGAUGAUGCUGAGGAACCCAGCAGCGACGGAGGCGCCCAAAGAGAAAGCGAAGAGCACCAGCGAUCCCAAGCCCAAAAAGAACCACCAGCAGAGGCUGGAAACCAUCGUCCGACAGACCACGGUGGAGAUCAGGCCGGAGGUGGAUUUCUUUGGUCGAGCUGUAGCCCCCAAACCAAAGAAAGUCCUGACCUCAGAGACAGGGGAGAAGAGCGUGGAGCAGUCCAUGGGGACGGCGGUCGGCAACAGCCACGUGUGGUUCCGCUUCAACGAGGGCGUCUCCAACGCCGUCCGAAGAAACGUGUACGUCAGAGAGCUGCUCUGACGACCGUCCCUGGACCGGCGGCGUUCGCACACCAGCCUGUGACGUUCUCCACGGCAAAGAUUGUGUAAAUGUAUAUAAAAAUGUGUGUUCCGAAGUUGAUGCUUUUAUUCAAAUGACGAAAAAUCCCAUUCAGUUCAAAACAGUGUUUAUUUUGAUUGACAGUACAAACAGCCAAUAAAAACCUUGAUUGAUAA